UCAAUGCAUAGUGUUACGAAUUCGGAUUUUAAUUGACAGAAACCUUUCAUAUCCGACAAUAUCAGACAAUUAUCUCUCUUUUUUGUGUUAUUUUAUCGAAAAUUGUAAAACUUCAAUUGCACGAAAUCAGGGAAGAAGUGAGGAUAGUUUUCAGGUUUCAUAGUUUAGUGCCGAAUUACACUAAAAAAUUAUUAUAGCGUAAUUAGAAAAAGUUAUUACUUGUUAUCAAAUUAACAUAGGCAAAAACUCCUCAACGAUAACGAAUCCACAAAAUAUCUGUGUUUGUGUCUGUACAAGUGAUUGGAUAGUUAUCUAUAUAGUAUUCUUUCCGACUGAAAACCUUUCAAUGUAAUGAUGAUGCUAUGCUGAUUCUUAAAUCAACAAAAAUGGUCCAAAUCAAUCUACUGACAUGAAUAAAAUUACAAGUGAUUUUAUUAAAGAAUUAAUAGACAUUUAAAGACAAAAUUAAUUCAAGUGCAAUGUCGCCCACGGCUUCGUUAAAUAGAAUCCCUUCCGCAUCAGAAACUAUUCAAACAAAACCAUUUCCAAUACGAGGCGAACGUGUUAAUUAUGUAAAUAAACCGCAUGUUAUUGCCAUGGUCGGAUUGCCGGCACGUGGAAAAACGUAUAUAUCAAAAAAAUUAGCCCGCUACUUAAAUUGGAUUGGAAUAUUCACAAAAGUAUACAAUUUAGGAGAGUAUCGACGAUCUGCUACAUCCGCAUAUAAAAGCCAUGAAUUCUUCCGGCCUGACAAUCAAGAAGCAAUGGCUAUUCGCACUGAAUGUGCCGUUCGAGCUUUGGAAGAUGCAUGCAAAUGGUUACAGGAGAAAGGCGAAGUUGCUGUUUUUGAUGCAACCAACUCAACCGCUGAACGCCGGAAAAUGAUCUUCGAUAUUGUGGUUAACAAGUGGGGCUACAAGCUAUUUUUUGUAGAAUCAAUUUGUGAUGAUCCACAGAUAAUUGAACAAAACAUUAUGGAAGUGAAAGUUAGCAGUCCCGAUUACACCAAUAUGAAUACAGAUGCAGUUUUAAGAGACUUUUUAUUGCGCAUAGAACACUACCAGGAGAAAUAUCAAUUACUCGAUGAAAUUAUUGAAAAGGAUUUAUCAUAUAUGAAAAUUUACAACACUGGUGAAAAGGUGGUAGUGCACAAGCAUGAAGGACACAUUCAAUCACGGAUUGUUUAUUAUCUAAUGAACAUUCAUAUUACACCACGAACGAUCUAUCUGACCCGACAUGGAGAAAGUGAACACAAUUUAGCUGGACUGAUUGGUGGUGAUUCUGAUCUUAGCCAUCGGGGUUACUCUUAUGCAAAAUCCUUAGCAAAAUAUAUUGAACAACAGCAAAUCGAGGGAUUACGUGUUUGGACAUCCAGACUCAAAAGGGCAAUACAGACUGUAGCUGACGUCCCAGCUCCACAAGAACGAUGGAAAGCUCUGAAUGAAAUAGAUGCCGGUAUCUGUGAUGAAAUGACUUACGAUCAAAUUGCUGAGAAAUUCCCCCAAGAUUUCAAGGCUCGCGAUAUGAAUAAAUUCUAUUACCGCUAUCCCCGAGGAGAAAGCUAUGAAGAUUUAGUCGCUCGUCUUGAACCGGUUAUAAUGGAAUUGGAACGACAGGGAAAUGUUUUGGUUGUCUCACACCAAGCUGUACUUAGGUGCCUACUAGCGUAUUUCUUAGACAAACCUGCAGAGGAGCUUCCGUACCUAGAAGUGCCCUUACAUACAAUAAUCAAAUUGACGCCUGUUGCAUAUGGUUGUAAGGUGGAACACAUAAAACUACCAAUUGAAGCUGUAGACACUCAUCGACCAAAACCAGAGGUUCCAGGAUCUGUUGGUGUAAUCAAAACGCCCAAUAUAGCUGACGAUUGUAUGGAGAUUUAACCAUGUUCCAUUUGAUUAUUUUCUUAUUUUUAGUUAGAUUUCUUUAAGUGAACAACAUUCUUCAUUCGAUAAUAAAUAAUUUAGGUUUUUGAACGAAGGGAAGCUCAGAUCAAAACUAGAAAAAUA